AAACAAGCCAAUCCAUCGAUACUCAAAAUUCAAUAAAAAAGUACAGAAAUGAGUCUUCCUCUAAUAGUCAUCGCCAUCGCCAUUUUCCUAACGUACCAGCUUUACCGACGGCUGAGGUUCAAGCUACCGCCAGGUCCACGCCCGUGGCCCGUGGUCGGUAACCUUUACGAUAUAAAGCCUGUUAGGUUCCGGUGUUAUGCGGAGUGGGCGCAGAAGUACGGUCCGAUUAUAUCGGUUUGGUUCGGUUCGACUCUGAACGUGAUCGUGUCGAAUACGGAACUGGCUAGGGAAGUACUGAAGGAGCAUGAUCAACAGUUAGCUGAUAGGCAUCGGAGCAGAUCGGCGGCGAAGUUUAGCAGAGACGGAAAGGAUCUUAUAUGGGCUGAUUACGGGCCUCAUUACGUUAAGGUAAGGAAAGUGUGCACGCUGGAGCUUUUCUCUCCCAAGAGGCUUGAGGCUUUGAGACCUAUAAGAGAAGAUGAGGUUUCCGCCAUGGUUGAAUCCAUCUUUCUCGACUCCACCAAUCCUGAGAGAAAGGACACAAGUUUGCAAGUAAGGAAAUACUUGGGAGCAGUAGCAUUCAACAACAUAACACGACUAGCGUUCGGGAAGCGUUUCGUGAACUCUGAGGGCAUAAUGGACGAGCAAGGCAAAGAAUUCAAGGCCAUUGUGGCGAAUGGGCUUAAGCUGGGUGCAUCACUCGCCAUGGCUGAACACAUUCCGUGGCUUCGAUGGAUGUUUCCGUUGGAAGAGGAGGCAUUCGCCAAGCACGGGGCACGAAGGGACCGGCUCACCCGAGCUAUCAUGGAGGAGCACACUCUUGCCCGUCAGAAGAGCGGUGGUGCCAAGCAGCAUUUUGUUGAUGCUUUGCUUACAUUGCAAGACAAGUACGACCUUAGCGAGGACACUAUUAUUGGACUUCUUUGGGACAUGAUCACUGCAGGCAUGGACACAACAGCAAUCUCAGUCGAGUGGGCAAUGGCGGAGCUCGUUCGGAACCCAAGAGUGCAGCAAAAGGCACAAGAGGAGCUAGAUCGUGUGAUAGGAUUCGAAAGGGUGAUGUCCGAAACCGAUUUCUCAAAUCUCCCGUACCUUCAAAGCGUACCCAAGGAGGCACUAAGACUACAUCCCCCAACUCCUCUAAUGCUACCCCAUCGUGCCAAUGCCAAUGUCAAAAUCGGUGGCUACGACAUCCCCAAGGGAUCAAACGUGCACGUUAACGUAUGGGCAGUAGCCCGUGAUCCAGCAGUCUGGAAGGACCCCGAAGAGUUCCGCCCAGAACGAUUCCUGCAAGACGACGUCGAUAUGAAGGGUCAUGAUUUUCGAUUGCUUCCAUUCGGUGCAGGAAGGAGGGUAUGCCCCGGUGCACAACUUGGGAUCAACCUGGUCACGUCCAUGUUGGGUCACUUGUUGCACCAUUUUUGUUGGACACCAGCCGAGGGAGUCAAGGCUGAGGAAAUUGACAUGCUUGAAAAUCCAGGCCUGGUUGCUUAUAUGCGGACUCCAUUGCAGGCUAUUGCCACUCCUAGGCUGCCUUCUCAUCUGUACAAACGAGUGGCUUCGGAUAUCUAAGUUUUCUUCUUAAUUCCUAUUUCUUAUUGCCAUUAUCCUUAGUUUUUCAACUCCUUUUACAAGUUCUGUUGUAUCCAAGUUUCCUUCUCAUGCGAUUUGUGAUCGGUCGCGUGUCAGAGGACUAAAUAAAAAAACGCAAUGAUA